GUGUGUGUGUGGAGCAGCAAGCAGAGGCACACCACACACCCCACCACCUUACCACCACCACACGCCACCCUUCAACAUUGGCUCGUAAUAUGGCGUUGACUCGCCGAGGGACAAGACGGCGUUAUUGUUGUUGGGACUACUAGAGAAGCGUGAGAGUGGGGUUGUGGGCAGGGGGGGGGAGCUUUGGCGUGGGGUGAGAGACUUUCCCCUCCAUAAAACAAAACUACCCGUGCAGACAAUAGCAGACUGACCACCCGUGGAAAAAAAGAAAAUGCAUCGCAUGUGGCUGUGACGGUCGAGCCUGGCUUGUAGACACGGACGAGGACACCCACGCUAGCCCACUGGUGGACCCCCCCUCCUCAUCAAAAGGCUGUACAUGGCGGUGGAGAGCACCCCUUGGCUCAUCUGUGUGCUUUUGCUCUUUUGCGCUCCAUCCAAGGAAGAUAAACCUGUUUCGGUGGAGCUGAGCUGCGGAGCCGGACCCAGCCAUGUGGUGUUGGAGCCGGGGUCCCCUCUCACACUGGACUGUAAUCUGGGGGCCAGCGACACGCCCCUCAACAUCACCUGGCUGCACGAGGGCCAGCCCCUCCCUCCAGACGGUAGCGACUCCCGGCGGUAUGUCAGCGACAGCUCCCUUCUCCUGCUGCUUUCCGCCGAGGAUGGAGCGUCCCCUCAGGCUCUGGAGGGAGGCUACAGCUGUGUGAGCACCAGUGCACAUGGAGCCUUGACCAGCCGGACCGUCAAUGUGCUGCUGGCGAGUCUGUCCUCCUUCCGUCAGGAACCUUCACUUCAGACGGUGCCUGCUGGGGGGGCUGCUCGCUUUGAGUGCCAGAUCGAUGGGGUGCCCACACCUGUAAUUACUUGGGAAAAGGACAAAGUCAGUGUCCCCCAGGACCCAAGCAGGUUCAUUUCCCUUCCUAAUGGUGUGCUCCAGAUUCUGGAGGUUACCAGGGAGGAUGAGGGCGCCUACCGCUGCGUUGCAUCCAACUCUGCCGGGCGGGACAUCAGUCACGCGUCCCGGCUCACUGUCAGCACAGGCUCCGCAGAAGCCCUGAACAGAGUUACGAUCGUGGCUCCGCCUCAGAACGCAACGGUGGUGCUCGGCCGUCCAGCCGUGAUGGAGUGCAUGGCGCAGGGCCAACCUAAGCCGCUGGUGUCCUGGAGCAGACUAGACGGGAAGCCCAUUUCCACAGACGUGCUUGUCCUUGCGACUAACUUGGUGAUCAGAGACACGAGGAGCCACCAUGGGGGAAUCUACGUGUGCAGGGCCAACAAGCCUCGCACCAGGGAGUUUGUUACCGCUGCUGCUGUACUGCAUGUGCCUGCCCCUCCAGUCAUUCUUCAGCCACCGGAGACGGUGUCUCUCUCCCGGGGAAACACAGCCAGGUUUGUGUGCAACAGCUCUGGAGAGCCCACCCCGGUGUUGCGCUGGUUGAAGAACGGCAAGCCAAUCCGCUCCCUGCGUCGUGCCAAGAUCCAAAACCCCGGCGUCCUGCUCAUCAAUCAGCUGGCACUGGAGGACGCCGGCUACUACCAAUGCAUCGCCGACAACAGCCUGGGCACCGCCUGCGCCACCGCCAAACUCACUGUUAUUGUGAGGGAGGGCCUCCCCAGCCGACCUCGACGCCCCUCGGUAACCCCUUACUCCAGCACCACUGCCCUGCUUACGUGGGAGAAACCAGAGUACAACUCGGACCAAAUCAUCGGUUACUCUGUGCACUGCCAGCAAGUUGCAGGUUCAGACAACGUGGAGUACCAGUUUGCGAUGAACAACGACACCACGGAAUAUCUCGUCAGGGAUCUUCUCCCCCACACAGCGUACGCCUUCUUCGUGGUGGCCUACUCCCCCAUGGGAGCAAGUCGCCCGUCCCUGCCCGUUACUGUUGACAUGCUCGAGGACGUGCCGAGCGCGCCCCCUCAGCUGUCAAUUGCCAGCACAUCGCCGACGGACAUUAGGUUGAUGUGGCAUCCGUUGUCCUCGCAGUAUAGUCGAGGGGCUGUCACCAGCUACCGUAUCGAGUAUAGCUCUCUUGAUAAUGCGGACACCGUCUUCUCGGUGGAGGUGGGCGGUAAUGAGACCCAGUUCACGCUCAGGGAGUUGCAGCCCAACCAGGCGUACAGAUUGAGAAUAGCAGCUGGAACAGGUGUCGGCUUCGGGGUCCCGUCCGAGUGGGCUCAGCACCAGACGUUGGCCCACUACAACCACACCAGCCACCGCAUGCUGAUGUUCGCUCCUACUGAACUGAAAGUGCGAGCGCAAGCUGGCAAACUCAACGUCACGUGGCAGCCCUCGCCCAAUCACACGGCUGUGUCCGGCUACAAGCUAACCUGCCGAGAGGUGGACGCCGACGGGGAGAAGACGACCCAGACCCACGUGGUCAGGCUUCGUAAAAAGGCCAGAAACCAUCUCCUCACCGGACUGGUUCCAGACCAGCAAUAUGAAGUGAGAGUCUGGGCGUUCAACAAGCAAGCAGAUGGCUCCGCUGCAGUGUGGAAAGGAAGGACCGAAAAGGCUGAUAAAGCAUCCUCGCUACCCAUGCGGCCGCCCCCUUUACCACCGAGCAGCAUUCAGGCAGCGGCCAACAGCUCCACGUCGAUCCGACUCCGCUGGGAGAAACCUCGCUUCAGCACGGUGCGAAUUAUCAACUACACGGUGCGCUGCAGCCCUGCCGGAACCACCAACGCCUCGCUGGUCACGUAUCACACCAGUGCUGCUCAAGAGAUUCUGAUUGGGGCGCUGAAGCCUUACACCCGCUAUGAGCUGGCCGUGCAAUCCAACGGCAUCGAUGCCGUGGGACCCUUCAGCAGCACCGUGGAAGAGUCCACCUUCAUUGACAGGCCUUCCUCGCCGCCGCAGGAGCUGCGCCUGAGCACCAUCGACUCGUCCUCAGUCCUGGCGAGCUGGCGGCCUCCGCUGGAGCCAAACGGUGUCAUCAUAGGCUACAGGAUCCUGUUCAGCAGCAACCUGAGCCAACCUGAGCAUAUGUGGAAGAACCUUUCUCAGGAUGGCAGCAUCACCAGUAUUGCGGUGCGGGGGUUAUCCAGUGGCACCCAUUACUUUUUCAAGUUGGGAGCAUCCACAGAGGUUGGAGCCGGCCCUUAUUCUCUUGUAAAGGACACUCACACACCUCCUGACCAAUACGAGCUGGACAUCCAUGCAGUGACAGGCAUCAUCGUUGGAGUGUGUCUGGGACUCAUAUGCAUCCUUCUCUGCAUGUGUUUCAGUUUCCGCAACACAAAGACCAGUGGGCGAUCUGGUGGCCUGGACUCCACAGCUGUGACCCCCCAAUACAGGAGAGGGGGCUACCCAAGUCCCAGCCGCGGACCAGAGUGCGGCGAUUGCCACGAGCUGGAGUCACUAAUGCCUUCCACCGGCCAAGAGUCCGGUCAGUCGUCGGCAGAAGCCCCCGAGGAGCAGAGCCUGAUGGUGAGCGCCCCCGUUUGUGUUUCAUGUAUUGAUUGUGGCGCAUCCCAUCAUCAUCGCCAUUUACAGGCUGCUUGGAACGGCUCCAUCAGUCACAACUGGGCCAAUAGAAUCACCCGAUACAGGGAUACCGUCACAGAAGACUCACCGGGAUUCAUCGCUGGAGAACCCGGUGUGACAAACAAUGCGGAUUGUCUGAGUGCAUCCCCGUCCAAUAACCAGAUGGAGGCCGAGGUCAUCGUCCACUCGGAGAUCUCCGACCCGCUCGGCGGGAAGGUCAAGGCGGACUGCCAGCGGGUCAAGGACUGCAAAGCCACCCGGGGCCCUUCGUUAGAACAGACCGAGGAGAACCUUCCCGGUAAACAGUCAGCAGCAAAGCAGAGCCAGCAAAGUCAUCCCUCGACAUGUCCGCCAGCCGAGGAACCGGAGGCGGUUCUCGCCAGCCCGAAGCGUGACUCGGCACUGACCAACGGCUUCCACUCGCCGAAGUUGCCGCGGCCCUUGCCCAAAUCUGGGGAAAACGGGGACGUUCGAUGCUGCCCUUCAGCACAAGCAAAGACCAAGUCUUCUAGUCUCACCCCGGUUCCUUUCGUCACUUCAGGCCUGGUCCACCCUACCUCAGUAGCACACGGUUACUUGUGCCCGUAGUCUCCACACGCCAAACGGAGACCUUCUUAACAGUGACUACGAGCCUCAUUGUCAGAAUUUCUUUUGUACUUUGAAGCCACACUUUCAUACAUAUGUAAGUACAUGAUAGUCUAUUUUUAGAGGUAGAGUGCUUGUUGUCGGGGUAUGCAUUGUAACCAUACAUUCCUCUGAGCUGCGGAAGCAAAAAAAAAACAAUCAGUGCGGACCUCUCGAUGACUGGAACCAAAACGGUAGGCGCCGGUCCAGUGGGUCUCACUGAGGGUCCAAAACCAAUUUUCAGAAUGUCCAGCACCCGUGUCUCUUCCUGGCCUCAUGCUGUCUCAGGGUCACAUACAACUGGAAUGCGUGCCGUCGUAUCUCAGCGAUUCAAACCACACACGUUUUGAAGUGUGGCGUUUCGUAUUGCCGUAUCCUCAAUGCACAACACUUGACUGCAAAUGAGCCAUGGAGAGCGACAUUGGGCUCAUUCCAUUCUGAGUUCUAUGGGCUUUAUUUUCAUGAUAAGUUGUUAAGUAAAUGUUUCGCGUUAAGUAAAUAAAAAAUGAGCUGCGUGUGAUAACCCUGCUGGCGACUUAAAUCUUUUCCCACUCCUGAUGAUUAGAAAUUGAAAUUAAAUCUGGAUUUAGACAAAUAUUCUUCUGAAAAAUAUAUUUUUUCUCUAUUAAUUUCUUCACUUCAAUUUAAAAAUGACAAAAAUGGAGUUUGCCCAUUUUAGUUCUUAGUGGCUCAAAUGCAAAAGUGUCCAUGACAUCUUAUCCCCACACCCAUACAGACUUUAGUCAAGAUUUAUUUGUUUUUUGUGUUUGCUAUGUUUUGUUUCAUUUUAUUUACAAAGAAGUGUUACGGCCGCACAGCGUAGGGAAAUAGAAAACUUAACAACUAUAAAGUCGAAAUAUUACAACAGCAAGUAUUGCCAUGUUGCCAAAAGUUUGAACCAGAAUCAAGUACCAAAACAACAAUAAAUUCUGAUUUAUAAUACGAAAGUUGAAUUGAAGCCAUCCUUUUGUGAGAAUAAUAGUAGUUUUAAAUUAAAGUAAAAACUGUUGUGAGAAUAGUUGUAAUCUUGACUGCACACAAACCUAAUCCCGCUAUCAAGGGAAUUACAUUUGUUUUAUGAAAUUACUCAAUCUUGUGGUAAUUAAUUUAAAUUGUUAUAUAAAAGUAUUAUGGGGACAGUUGUGUUUUUUUUUUAUAGGGGGGAGGAGCCAUCUUGCGACAAAUGACAAAUCGGAAUAUGGGAAUGUAUCAUAUUUAUUCGGAAAAAAGAAAUUGCAAAAUAGACAUCGGUGCAAAAUUCCUCAUGAAUGAACAAUGAAAAUUUAUUCUAUAGAAAGAUUUAUUUUAAAGUGUCAUCUUGCAUCAAUGGUCGAAUUCACAAAUCAGCUGUAUUCUAGUGAAAUUACAUCAUAUGAUUUACAACUUGAUGCUGACAUGUUCUAGUUGACAGAAUUUUCCUCACAUGAAUUUGACUUUUUGUCAUUUUAACAUCAUCUGAAAGUUUUUGUUGUUCUUUUAAUUGUGGCCCGAAUAUCUACUCUGUAUUUUUUCAAUUUUUAAUAACUGAUUUUGAGAAGCAUGGAGAAAUUGUGGAGCUUGGUUUUAUCAUAAGACGUUGCUGCCAUCUGCAGGUAAAUAGGUCACACAAAAAAAAAGCAUCCACAUUCUUCAGGGAUCAUUUGGGGGGGACUCAAUAGUAAAGUUCAACACACUUAAGUUUUUGAUGGCCAAACAAAAAUUUGAGUUGUAAAAGUAAUGAAGUAAAAAAAAAUUAACUGGUGCAUUCCGACUCCUUAUCAACCACACUACCUCAUUUUUUUUCCAGUUCAGGUCUUCGUUCCAGGGUUAUUCUUCUCAAAUUGCCAAACUAGCGCAAAUUCAAACAACUGAUCAUAGCAUAGGCCAUGUUACCGUGUUAGUGCUUUUGGGGGAAGGAUUCUCCCAUACUAGGAAUUUUCCACCAUCGUCAAAAUGGAGUCAAAUGGCCCAUCCCAAUUCUCAACCAAUUUGUGUAUUUUUACAUUUUUCCAAAUGUCCAUAAUUAACAAUUUCAUGUUGCAUUAUGUUGAUGCGUUGUGUUGUUUCUAAUGCUGAAUUUAAAAGAAAACAAAACUGAAGAACGUGAUUUUUUUUUUUAUACUAAUUCAUCUACAACCAGCUUGAAGAAAUGUGAUUGAUGAUACCAUACAGUAAAACAUUUGUGUUAUGUUUUUGUCAUAGUUUAUCACAGCUAUUAUGGAAAUUGGCAUGACAAUAUGUCGGUAUUUCCGCUGAAGAAGAAAAUUAGUAAUAGUGACUGCAUUUUGUACUUUGUACUGUAUUUUGUUUUCCCAAACGAGAAUCUCUGAGCAAUUUGUGCAAAUACGCUUACUCAACUUCAGUCUCAGGAUGCUUUAUUUCAGUAUUAUGGAAAAUGACUACAUUUUGUGCUAGAUAAAAAAUAUAUAUCUUGAUUAAUGGUACAAUACCCGUAAUAUAGAUUUGACGAUUUGGUGCUUCCUGGAGGCCAUAAAUGUUUGUACAUCCAUUUUUUUUUUUGCCAUGGUUCUGGUAUUCUUUUUUUCACUUUGCAAUUUGGGCAACCUUUUUUCAUGUCUUUGGUUUUGUAUUUCUUUUGCUUAGCUGGUUACCAACAAUGGAACGAAAGCGUGUUUCCUAUGUUUGCGUGUAUAAUUGUGUGUACUCAAUGCACAGUUGGUACCUCAAAACCUGACCAUGUACAAUAUAAGUGCAUCCCAAUGCAAUACAAUUUACUUUUUUUUUAAUUACUGUACAUAAUAGUAGUAACGCAAGUGGGGAAAAUUGAAUGUGCUUAAACCACAUCAGUUCCAUCUGGUACUGUAUUAUUUCACGAUUGAGUUUAUUGCAAUAUUUCUACACAGAACACACAUCGACGCACAUUCAUGCCAACUGUAAAUAAUUAUUGGAUGUUCAGAAUAGUGCCACAAUUAACCCAAGGGAAAUAUUAGAUCUACAUAUAUUUCCCAAGUACAUUUCAUUUGUGAAUUUGUGCACCCCUCACCUCACAAAGGCUUUCUGUAAUCGAACCUCUUCUCGUGAGAAUUUAAUAGGACUUUGAACAAAAACACAACAUUAUUAAAGAAAAAUGAUCUGUUUGA